AUGACAGGAACAGCUGCUUUAUACAUGAAUGAACCUUCUACAAAUUUUAUGGAAAAUUAUGAUGCUUACUAUACACAGAAUCAUGAUCAACCAUUAGUAUUAGACAGACAUAUUUUAUUCGGAACCGCGGACUCUAUUAUUAAUCAUCCAGAUACAUUAACUGCUAAUAAUAUUCGUUUUUUCAUCGGGAUAGAUAUCCCAACUAAUCAGAUGGCACAAUUAUAUAACUCCGAAAUUAUAUCCGGAUUAUAUGGUUCAAGAGAAGAUAUAGUCAUGGUGAAUUUUGAUUCACAAUUCAUAGAAGAUUUUGUAGUAUCGGACUUAGAGACUUUAAAUACAAAUUUACAAAAUGAUCCAUUAUUAGUAUCAUAUCUAUGGAAUAAUUCACAAUUAUUGAAAAUGAUGUCUGAACAACUAGCGAAAAAUAAUGAUGACACUUCAAAGAUUCUACAUAGAUAUGUCAAUAUCUAUAAGAGAUGUAACAGUUUUACAGUGAACCACAUUGAAAAAUUUCAAACUUUCAAUGAUUUAUUGACAUUAUUCCAAAUGACAAACGCCGAAGGGAAAGUACUUGUCUUUAGUGAUUCUACAACUAACGAAAAUAUGUUGACUUUACUAAUAUCGACUAUGUUGAAGAGAGAUACUUCAAUGAAAGUUCAACAAGCAUAUCAAUUCAUAACGAGUCUCAUGGAUACUCCAGCUGACAAUGUUAGAGUUGAAAGAAUUUUUUUGUGUAGUGGUUUAACAAACUAUGUUGAAUCUGUAAAGAAAUUUAACGCAAUAAAUGGAAGAAGACAAUUGAUUACAAACAAUUAUAACUCUGCUACUUCCCCAUAUGCUCAGGCCAACAUGACUAAAAGAUCUAUGCGUUAUACUGAUUCUUCUAACAUUGCUGCCUCCAAUACUACAACUACUACUAAUAAUGACUAUGCGGCACAGACAGCUACCGGUAAGAGAGCUCGUUCUGAUUAA